GACCCCACUCUAUCUCUACCUUUCAAGCCUCAACAUAUCAUUCAAACCCACCCUUCAAGCCCUUCAAGCGGCACUGUUUCUCUCGUAUCAGCGUUAAACUGCCAAUGAUCUGUCCAGCGUGGUUACUUGCGCCCUUCCGAUUCAUAUCGGAGUUAGUGGUUCUGUCAUGCGUGACAUGGUCCCUUAGGCGGGGGAACCUUUUCGAACUGCGGGCCCUGGCGUCGUCAUCAUGGUGGAGGUGGUGCUUUACUAAGAACCCAAUUCGGGAUCGGGACAGUGACAAAUGCGGUUCUAGAUGGCGCCGCCAUGUGGUGUGUCUCUCGCGAAGUCACUCCCAUACUUGAACACGGUGAAAAAGAGUAACACAAUGCUAUCUCUCAUGUCACCC